AUGAGGAACAAACGAAAAAAGAAUGGUAAGAAUAAACAUAAGGGGAAGAGAAAAAAUGACAGAUUAGGAAAGAUUAAACGUAAAAAAGUAGUAGAUAUAAAAGAAGAGAAAGAAAAAGAUAAUGAGAAGAGAUUAGAAGUGUCCUUUUAUGGAUAUCGGAAUAUAUAUUUAAAAGAUAUUCAUAAUUUUAUAAUAAAUUUAAGGCUUGGGAAAUAUAUAUUUAAGAAUGAAUUAUUUGAUAUAAAGAAUAAUGAAUGUUUAAAUAAUUUAAUUAUGGUUAUAAUACCAAAUUUAUCAAAUUAUUGUGUAAAAGAUAUAUCAACAGAUAAUGUAUUUAAUAAAUUACAAAGAAAUAAUAAUUUCAGAAAAAUACAUACAGAAAGUUGUUUGAAAAAAUAUUAUAAUAAUAUUAUAUUAAAAGCAUUAAGUGUUUCUGUUUUAAAACAGAGGAAAAAAAAUUACACACAACAUAUAUUUAAUUUAAAUAAAUAUUUAUUAACUAAAGAACAAAUGCUUUUAAAUAAAUAUCCUACAGAAAAUAUGGAUGAAUAUAUAAAUAUGAAUAAUAUAGAAUAUAUUAAAAAUGACAAAAAUAUACGUGAUAUAAAAAUAUAUUUAACAGAAACGAUGAAUUCAAUAAAUGUUCUUCAUAUGAAUAAUGAUUGUUCAGUUAAGGAAUAUAAUAAAAAAAAUAAAAUAAAUAAAUCACAGCUAGUUAAUAAUACAAAUGAUAAUCAAUAUAGUUUCAGUAAUGUAAAAUGUAAUAAUGAAAAUUAUAUUAAUAAUGAGAAUAAAGAAAAUGAAGAAAAUAAUUUUGAAAAGCAAAAUAUUUUUACUCAAGAACAUAUUCAAUUAUAUGCAGAUAUUUUGGAAAAAUUAAUAAAAGCAUCACAAAAUAUAAAAAAAAAUGAUAACAGUGAAAUUGCAAAUGGUAAUAUAUCUAAUAUGGAAUCGUCAACAAAACAUAUAUCAUCAAAAAAUAUAAAUGAUAAAAAUGAUGAAAUUAACAGACAAAAAAAUGAACACACUAUACAGACUAUACCUAAUGAACAAUAUGGUGAUAGUAUGAAUCAUUUAAAUUUGGGUAAUAUAGUAAGUCACAAAAUAAAUGAAAUGUAUAAUGAAAAUAGAAAUGUGAAUGAGCCGAUAAAAAUAAAUGGUUAUAAUGAUGAUGAUCAUAAUAAUGAUAUAUCAUUUUGUGAUGAAAAUAUGGAUAAAUCUAAUGAUAUAAAUAAUUCGUGUGAUGAAGAUAAUUUAAUUGAAGAAAAUAAUUAUGGAGAAUUCGAUUUAGAUAAUAUAUAUAGUAUAGAUUGUGAAAUGUGUGAAACAAUAAAUAAUCAAAGAGAAUUAACCAAAAUUACAGUAGUUGAUGCUUAUAUGAAUAUUAUAUAUGAUUCUUAUGUUAUUCCAGAUAAUAAAAUUACAAAUUAUUUAACUUUAUAUUCAGGUAUUAAUGAAAGUACAUUAGAAAAUGUAACUACCAAAUUAAAAGAUGUACAAGAACAUUUAAAAAAAUUUAUUAAUAAAAAAUCUAUACUAAUAGGACAUUCUUUAGAAAACGAUUUACAUGCUCUUAAAAUAGCUCAUAAUUAUGUUAUUGACACAUCUAUUAUAUAUUGUAAUUCUGGUUACUAUCCAAAGCCAUCUUUAUUUCAACUUUCAAAGAAACACUUGAAUAUAAUUAUGAAGAGAGAAAAUGGUCAUAAUUCAAUAGACGACGCAAAAAUUAGUAUGUUCCUGGCAUUAAAAAAGAUGAGCGAAUUUGAUAGCAAUGAAUUUUCCACUUUCUAUGAAGCACUCCCCACAUUUCUUAACAAAGAUAAUUUCAUUCAAGUAAAAAACUCCAUUCUUUGUGAAGAAGAUAUAAAUUAUAAAUACGAAAAAUCUUUGUGUAUAUUUGAUUCAAAGAAUAAAUAUAUAGAAGAAAGAAUACCAAAAAUAUUUUUGAAGAAUUCUUUUUAUUGUGUUUGUGAAAAUGAUGAUGAGUGCUCAGAAAAUUUAAUAAUGAAUAUAAAAAAUGAAAAUAAAUUAAAAAAUUAUAUUUUAAUUUUACGUGAUUAUGAAAAUUUGUGUAAUGAUAAAAUAUUUAAUUGUAUUCAGAAUGUACAUAAUUCAAAUUUUAAAAUAGAAGAUAGUGAAAAAAUAUUUGAAGUACCAUCGCGUGUAGAAACUAAUGAAGUACUUAAAAAAAUAAGUGCAAAUAUAGAAAAAAUAUAUAAUAAUAUGUCAAAAAAUGAUGUUUUAAUACUUUUAUCUUUUAAUAAUAAUUAUUUAGCUGAAGAAAAAGUAAAAGAAACCUUUUUCUUAGCAAAAGAUAUUUUCUAUUCUAAUAUUGAUAUGGAAGAAAAGUUGAAUAAUAUAAAAGAUAAAAUUAAUUCUCUUCAAAAAAUUAUUAAUAAAAAAAAAAAUAACAAUGAAGUUAUUAAUUAUUCAUUUUAUGAAUUCCAAGAUUUAUUACUUAAUUAUGAUAAAUUUGUUCUUAAUUAUUUAAAUGAAAAUAAAAAUAAUGACAAAAACAUUUAUAUUAUAAAUUCUUUGACAAAUCUAAAAAAUAUUCUCAAUAUUAAUUCGAAAAAGAAGGAGUUCAACGGAUGGUUCUCCUUACUAUUAAAAAAUUGA